AUGAAUAUUUCAAAUUUUAGUUCUCCUAGAGAAUCACCUUCAAAAAAAGUUUUGAGAGAAUUCAAUUAAUCCACAAUUACCACUGACGAUCAAAACUAAAUUGAUGACUAUAAAAGUAAUGAUAUUACUCCUUGGAUUAAAGUAAAAAUUGUUGAUAACGCUUGUGAAAGGUCUAAAAGAGAAGGUAAAUAGACCAAAAUUGUAUCAAGAGAUACUAAAAGAGAACUUUAAACCAAUAAAUUCUAUCAAUACCAGCAGGAUAAAAAAACAAAAAGACCAUAGUCAGUAUCUCGUUCUAAAACUGCGAAAGGAUACAACAGAAAAAGACUUCAACUUUUAGGUAUUGAUAAGGAAAAUUAAUCUUUAGAUGCCACACUUUCUGCAUUAAUUCCUAAUUCAAAUGACUCCUCAAUGAAUAAGUUGAAUCUAAUUAAGAUCGGAUUAAAUGCUGAAACUCAGGCUCAAGGCCAAUAGUCAAUUUAUAAUAGCUAAUGCAAUUUGCAGUAUAGGGUGUCUCCAAAGUAAAUAGGCUAGGUCAGAAUAAUUCCUUAUUAGUAAAAUUUAACUUUUCAGCAGCCAACAGGAUAGAAGUAAUAUUAACAAUAGUAAACUAAUUAUAGUCUUAGUAAUAAUGUGACUUAAUAGCAGAUGCCUUUGAUCCAUUAAAAUAGUCAUCAGCUGUAGAGCCAGAGCAGUAAUUAACUAAGCCAUGCUUUCGGAUCACUUAUUAACUACCAAUAGCAUUAUGAUAUAUCAAAAGAAAAAGAAUUUAACUUAGGAAGUAAUGAUAUUAAAUAUCCUAAAAUGGACAGAGCCAUUUUAUAAGUUAAAAAGGUAAACUAGAAUCAACAAAGAGUUCUCUAAAAUCUAUAGUAAGACUAAUUUAGAUUUGCAAAGUAAUAAUCAAUAAUAUCUCUUGUACAAAUGGGUGAAGGUGAUAAUCAUUCCUAAUCACAUUUCAAACUCAUAUAAAAGGAUAAAUUGGAAAGAAUAUAGAGAAUGAAGGAAGUGAAAGAUAGGAUAGAGCAUUACAAGAAGGAAUUUAAUCCUGAAAUCAUGGAGGAAAUUGAAAAGGAGGCACUUAACAUUACAAAGUAUCAAAACACAUUUGCCAAUAUUACAUCAAGAUCAUAGAAUAAAAUAAACUCAAUGAAUGCAGUUGGUCCUCUCACUCACUAGAGGAUUAUCCCUAACAUCCAAAACUAGCAUAUAAAUUUUAGCAAAAUGUAAAAGUUUAUCAGAUCUCGAUCAAAAGAGGGUAAUAAUGGUCUAAUUCAAACUCCAGUCAUAAACACUUCAUCAGGCUCUGUAAUUCAUAACAGUGUAAGGAGGUAACUAUAAGUAUUGAAGUCUCGAGACAAUAAUGAUGGUUGUGGAAGAAACCAGCAAUAACGAGAAAGUAUUAGAAAUGCGCUUGAUCAGAUAUCUACUUACUUUGGGAAUAAUAAGAAAUUGUGA